CAGAUGAGAUCUUAACGUUUGACAAGUGUGUAAUAAAUGUAAUGAAUUUUUCGAUACGUUAUAUCAUGUUUUUAUAAAUUAAUUCGAACUUCCCCCAACGAAAACAAUUUGCAUAUCUUUACUAUUUGAACAUACGAGUUAUGUACGUCAUUUACUGAAAAAUGUGUAUUAAAUAACGCAACAGUCUAUUCUCAUAAACAUGGAAUCAAAUUCAAUAAAAAAGAAAAGUACUGUGUUCGAUAAUAUUAACACUAAAACAUCGAUCACCUGUACAAAUGUUCCUGAUGGAUUAUUUGAUACGCCAUCAGCCAAGAAACAUUUUAGCAAAUUUGGGCGUGUCCAAAAGAUAAAACUUCUUCCAAAGAAACAAAUGUGUAUUGUUGAAUAUGAACAACUCUCGGGAGUUGAGCAAGCAGUCUUAAAUGCGGGGGCCUUUGAUGGAUUUAUGUUUGAUGUUACUCGUACGAAGACACGAAUACGACACAAGAAAGAUGAAGAUCCUGAAUGGUUACCUGAUCCAGAACUGGAGAUGGAACUCUCAGCUAUGAGAGGUGCUCCUACAUAUAGACUACCACGGCAAAAAGCAAUGGAAAUAGACCCUGUUGUAAAGAAGGCCAAAGUACCAUCUCCUAGAACAUCCAAAAUGAAUAUCAGAAAGACUGUGCCUAUAUCAAGAUUAAAACACAAAAUAAACACACCACCGAGUUCCCUAGAGACUCCAGCAGUGAUCACAGCCGCCACAACUCUAAUCACUUCCGAAGCAGCGGCUGAACUGCACCAAUUGCGCUCCAGGGUCUCCCUCUCUGCAGAUGAACAGUGGAGAACUCUUGAUGCUAGAGACAGGAUCUUACGUAGUUGGGGUGGCGCUGGGUCUAGAGUUAAAGUGGGUGGAGCCACAAUUGGUACUUGUCCUGAUAUGUGUCCUGAGAAGGAAUUGUUACAUCGUCAAGCUGAACAUCAGGUGAUGACAUUAGAGACUGUACCGGAGUCAGACGGGCAGCUGGAGCGGUGUCGCGCGGUGAAGCAGUACAGCCGCAGCUCCGCCGACCAGGAGAUACCGAUGUGCUAUGAGUUACGACCAGCGCACGUGCUCGCUGCCACCUGUGCCUAUCUACUCAACGAGAUCGCUGAUACUGAUCGACAGGUGACAUUAGCGGAUUGGUUCCAUUUCAUGUGGGACAGGUUUCGCGGGAUACGUAAAGAUAUAACACAACAGGCGUUGUGUUGUGCAGAAUCAAUUCGUCUGGUAGAGAUGUGCGGUCGUUUCCACGCGCACUGCGCAGCGCGGCUGGCGGACUUAGCUCACACACAGUUCGAUCAGAAACUCAACACGGACAACUUAACCAAAUGUCUGCAGACCCUCAAACACAUGUACGCCGACGUUGGCCCCGACCUCAAACCAAGAGAAGCGGAAUUUAGAGGAUAUAUCGCCUUACUUAAUUUGGGAGACUCCAAUUUUUGGUGGGAGAUAAAACAAUUACCGAAAGAAAUACAAAAAUCGGACUCAAUUACAUUAGCAAUUCAAGUAUUCACCGCACUGGACAAUAAUAAUUACAUCAGAUUUUUCCGGCUAGUCAAAGAAAAAGCCAAUUAUCUACAAGCAUGCAUUCUAUUAAGAUAUUUUAAUGAUGUUAGAGCACGAGCGCUUGCUAGAAUAGUGAAGGCGUAUGCGCCAAGAGGUGGCUCUAAAUACCCAGCUGAAGAUAUUAUGAAUGCACUCGCCUUCGAGUCCAUAGAUAGUAUGAGAUCAUUCAUAGAUCAUUAUGGUUUACGUUUCUCUAAAAACGAUUCCGAAUUGACAGUGAUAUUAGAUAGAAACCAAUUCAUAGAAGACAGUGAUCCAUAUCCUUUGGCCAGAGCAGCAAAAUUGAUAGAAACGAAACGGAAAUGUACCGUCGGUGAAGUUAUCGCCGGAGGUCCAGUACCAAAACAUGACUAUCGGAAUCAUGUCCUAUAUUCCAGUUUCAACAAAGAUGGCACUUUGAAGGAAACUGCUUUGUUAGCAGAAGAUUUGGGAUAUAAUACCAUAAAUGAUACAAAUAAAGACAUAAAAUUAUUAAAAGCUGAAAUCCGAAGGCUUAAUAGAGAUGGUAGAAAUCUAAAUGAUACAUAUGAUACUUGUGAUAGCACAGAAAUAGUUAAAGAGAAUCGGAAAAAUAUCGUUGUUGAAAUAUCACAGAGUAAAACAACAAAGUCAAAGGCAAUAGUCGCGCCCGUGAGAAAUGAGACGGUAAACAAAAUGUUUUCAUUUCAACCCGCUUUGAUGGUUGCCCCAUCGGACAUAAUAAAAGAUUUUAAAACAAAUUAUACAAAAGAAAAAUUCAGUUUUUCCAAACCUCAGCAGGUCACUGAGGCGAGUAACUCAUUCAAAAUUUCUAAACCUCAAGAAAACACGGAGAAUAAAAGCAUUUUUACAUUUUCCAAACCCCCAGAGGUUACUAAAAAUGUUUUCACGUUUUCCAAACCUCAAGUGGUAUCUGAUAGCAAAAUAGACAAAGAAACAUUAAAAACUUAUGAUUUCAAAAAGCCAAUUAUUGUAGAUUCCAGAAAAAAUCUUGAUUUUAGCAGCGGCGAUGGAAAUAAAUUAAACGGCGGUUUUAAGGGUAAACCUUCUUUGUCAAGUAGUAUAUUCUCAAAAUCUAAUAAAUCAAAUACUCAAAACGUAACAGAAACAGGUAGUAAAUUGUCACCUGGAAGCUUGUUUAAAAAGGCACAUACAGAUGCAGAUCAAAUAUUUGCCUCUGGCACAGCAUCAAAAGAUGUUUAUGAAUUUGAAGAAGACGAUGAUCCAAUUAAAACAUUUAAUGAAGAAAAAACUAAAUCAGCUAAGAAGCAAAUGGAGGAUGAGAGAAAAAGGAAAGAGGAAAAGAAAAAGAUCGAAGAAGUGCUUAAGAAGAAAAAAGCUGAAGAAGAAGAAAGAGCAAAAUUAAAACAAAAAGCGGAGAAGGAAAAAACAUUCAAAGAAACUGUGGAAAAGAAUUCAAAGGCAUUAGUCAACGAACUUUUAGAAGUGCUCACUAAAGAGACUGUACAAAAUCUAAUUGAAGAAGAGGUACAAAGUUUAAAAGAUGUAAUAGUAGAUUCUGAAAAGGUAAUCGAGGAAUUAUUAAACGAUUUGUGCAAAGACAUUUGUACCUCUGAAGUAAAUGCCGAAAUGUUUUGGGCGAAGAAAUUAAUGAAGAAAUGGUUUUAUGUUUGGCAAAAGCAGUGCAUUAAAAAUAUAAAAAGAAGGAGCUUUCUGGAAGAUACGCCUGUUUGGUUAACAAACUUUACACCUGCAGAGGAAGCUAGAAAUUUGAAUAGAGUUUUGAAAAUUUCACCAUUAAAGAAUAUGAAAUUAUAUGGCUUUAAAAGAUAUAAAGUUAGUGAACCUGAUGAAAUGUCUUCGCUAAAACCAUAUAAUAUUUUGGACAUAAUUAGAUCAACUCUUUUAAAAAGAAUGAGAGAAAUAAACUAUCCAUAUGAUAAAUGUUUCUUUUGGAAAGUGACUUUAGUGGUUCCAGGAUCUGAUAAGUGGCUCUACAGGAGAGUGAAUGUAGAAAGUUGGCUCCUUGAAGUUUUAGGUGAUAAAAAUAAGAAAGACAAAAGUGAUGGUGUGAUUAAUGUUAAAAAACAAACAUGGAAUAAUUUAAUGGAUUUCGCCAUAUCUGUUGGUCUGGCAAACAAAAAAAUAUUGUCGAAACAUCGUGAAGCUAUCGAGGGUACCAAUGGAUUUUUAUUUUAUGCUGAAGAAAAGGAGGUUGACUUAUUAAAUGCAAUUGAAGAAACAAUGAAAUGUACAUAUUCAUAUCAAUUAGUGCCUGUUGCUGUUAUUAUUCCUUCAUGGGACGAAGCAGCCAUAAACAAAAUAAAAGAAAAACUAGACAUAUUGUUAAAUAAAAAUUUAAUAUCCAGUUACAAAAUAAUUAUAGUUCAAAAGAUCAAAUUAUUUGAAUCUCUGGACAUGUGCACUAAAAGUGCAUUAAAGUGGCUAGCUAAAAAUUGUCCAAAGAGUCCCCCAAUUGAAAUUGAUCACUUAAAAUCAAUAUGCCAAAGAUAUCUUGGCAAUGAAAUAUGGCAAAGAUUAAGAUGUGAAACGGACAGCAGAAUGGCAAUAGUUAAACAAGAUUUAAAUAAACUAGUCAACUGUUAUAAUGUGGCAGUAGAUAAACUGACCGAUGUUAUAACAAAUACAGAAAUAUUUAAUUAUCCUUCAUUUCCAUUGGAGUUUGAUCAAUACUUGGACCACAGCUCUCCAUAUCCAAAACCAUAUGAAUUUAUAUCAAGCAGUGUGAAACAGAACGAAAAUGUGUUAGCAAUAAAAGCAUUUAUGAAAAAACUAAAAUUAGUGCAGUCGGCCACUGAAUUUAAACCUGUGAAUGCCAUAAACAUGGAAGAACAAAUAAAAAGUUACUGCAGUCAGGUUGAAUGUUUGGAAAACCCUCAAAAGGUCGCUUACAAAGUUAUAGCUAUUCUUCCUAAUGAUUUUUACAAUACUCAAAAACCAUCUGCAGAAUUCAAGAAAUUCUUCCAAAACUACAGUUUAAUUGAUUUCUUAAAUAUUGUGGUCUAUGAAAAGAUAAACAGUUUGCAUAGUUUUGAUAAUUUAUGUGCUAUUUAUGAAAAAGCUUCAUUAGAAGAAUAUCGUAAUGUUCACUGGUUGUAUGAUAUUUUCUCUGGUAUGAUGAAGCACAAAGCUGUUGAUUACGAUGAAGACAUAGAUCAUUUUAUCAAAGCUAAACGUCGUAAAUUAGAUGACAAUGAAAUUGAAUAUUACAUGCUUGAUGAUAAAGACUACACAAAGUUUGAAACUAGCUUAGAAGCGGCAAAUGCAAGUAUUACCUCACUAAAAAAUUAUAAGGAUGAAGUAGAUAUUUUGGAAAAACAACUAGAUGAUGAGAAAAAGAAAUCAAAUGCACUAGACAAUAUGUUACAAAUGGCAUUAUUCAAUACUUAACAUUGUUUUUUUUGCAAUUAAUUUAUUGUAAAAAUAUAGCGUGUAUAGAUAAUAAAAUCUAAUGAAUGCAUUUUUUACCUUAUAAUUUUGAAAUGAACACAUUGAUGUUGAUGUGAAUGAAUAAACUGAUUUUCUUUAA